UUCACAUCCAGACCUCCCGGGCUCUCAUGGUGAUUUCUCUCCUCCUGGGCUUCUUUGGCAUCAUUGUCAGCGUGGUGGGCAUGAAAUGCACCAAAGUUGGCGAAGAGGAUCCCGUCACCAAGAGCCGCAUCGCUGUUGCUGGGGGUGUCCUCUUCGUCCUCUCCGGUCUGUGCACGUUGGCUGCUGUGUCCUUGUACGCAACACAGGUGACCUACGAGUUCUUCAGAGAGAGCACCGUCCCCAUCAACGCCAGGUACGAAUUUGGCUCG